AUGUGUGCCCAAGAUUUUAAUGGUGAUGGUGACAGAAUGGCUGAUGAUGUACGUGACAAGUUAUAUGAAUGCAGUAUAAGGAGCGUGUCUCGCGGCCAUGUAAGGCGUGAGAAUGAUGUCCUGAACAGUUGGGAAAGACUGUUAAACGACAGAGAUGAUGCACGUGUGUGGAAGGCAAUAAAUUGGAACGGUGAGUAUGGCGGUGCAGCACAAGGUGAUUCUGUUCGCCCGAGUGAUGAUUAUUUCAAGGCCCAUUUUGAAGAGAUUCUUAACCAAGGUGAUGACUGUGAUAAGAAUUUGAAUGAUAUUAGUACUAAUGUCCAUAUUCCUCUCUUAGAUGACCCUAUAUCCGAACAAGAGAUUCGAGACCAGAUUCGAAACAUAAAGGUUGAUAAGGCGAGGGGUCCUGACGGUCUGUCCCCCGGGCUCUUGUCCUUGUUGCCAGCCCAGUGGAUCCUGGUACUAAGUGUUUUGUUCAACAAGGUUUUCCUAUCAGAAGUAUACCCGCAAGGGUGGUGUAAGGCAAAGCUGACUACUAUUUUUAAGAAAGGUGAUAAAUCUCAACCUAAGAAUUUUCGUGAUAUUAGCAUUAUAAACUGUUUGCCAAAACUGUACGAUAAGAUACUGUGUCAUCGCCUGAAGCAAUGGUUUAGUCCUUACCGGGAACAAGCGGGUGCUCAGUCCAGACGGGGUUGCCUUGAACACAUUGUUAGCCUUCGCAUGUUGACUGACACCGCUAGACGUAAACGUUUAAAGCUUUUCGUGACAUUCGUUGAUUUUACCAAAGCUUACGAUUUGGUCCCCAGGCGUAUAUUAAUGAAUGUGUUAAAGCGACUAGGUUGUGGUAGUGUGAUGCUCUCAGCUCUUAUCGCAAUGUAUCGUGUCACUGAGAAUAUAAUUGGUUCAGUGGUAGUCAGUGCCACGACUGGUGUCAGACAAGGUUCACCAACUUCCUGUUUUCUUUUCAUUGUACUCAUGAACGAUUUGAUUAAGCGUAUUAAAGAGAAAUUCCCACCAGAUGGUUUCCUGAAAUGGUUACACAUUUUAGUAUUAAUGGAUGACACUGUGUUACUGGCGACUACCAGGCAAGGUAUGAUAGAUAAGCUUGUUGAGGUGCAACGGUAUUGCAAUGAUUACGGCAUGAAAAUGAAUGAAGGAAAAACAAAGUUUUUUGUAAUCAAUGGUAGUGAUGGCGACUCUGAUCAAGUCGUGGUGAACGAUUCUGUUAUGGAACACUGUAUGAACUAUACAUAUCUGGGGUCUCCGUUCACCAGUGAUGGCUCAGUGUCGUCAGCUGUGGAAGUCCAUGCCAGAGAAAAGAUGUGCCACGUUUUAAAAUUUGUGUCUUUUGUGAGAAAGAAUAAUGAUAUGCCAUUUUCUGUAAAACGUCGGGUGUUCGAUGCAGUAUUAAUGUCUUCUCUUUUAUAUGGUUGUGAAUCUUGGUUUGGUGCUGAUAUGAGGCCGGUAGAGAAGUUAUAUAAUUGGUCCUUAAAGCAGAUGUUAGGAGUUAGAAAAACCACCUCCAAUAUUGUGUGCUAUUCUGAAAUAGGAUGUGCAUCUCUACCAGACCUAGUUAAAGCAAAGCAACAAAAGUUUUUAAAAUCUAUGUAUAGCGACAGGUCGCAUCUCCACGACGACCCACUGAUGCUGGUGCUUAACAUUAAAUGUACUUCAUCAUCUGAAGUCCGCCAUGAAGUAGGCAGCUGCCAGUGCAUUACUGGCUCUAUCCAGGCAUCUAGGAACAUGUGCAUCAUGAUAUUCACGGGCAACAGACGUGCAAGUUCUUGUGUGGAGUAUAUGUGUUGUGACAAGCUGCAACUGGUGUUUUGCGUUGGUGACACACGAAGAAAGGGAGGCAAGGUAAGAAUGGAGAGGCUCAGGUUCAGGUUCAAGUGA